GCUACCACGUGGACUGCUACAGCUACUACGUGCCGCACAUCUUCACGCGCGCCGUCGUCACGGCCGGCGCCUGCGCUUCCGUGCUGGCCAUGUCGCUGGCUCCCGGGGACUGGCUGGCCAACUUCGCGGCGGAGCUCCGUCGGGUCGACGACCUCCUGGACCUCGACCGGUCGGCAGCCAACCGCGCCACCGCGCUGUACGCUUCCGCCUCGUUCGCGCUCCUGCUGCUUCCUUACCUGGGAAGUAUAGUGUGGGACGUGUUAUCUGACAGCGACUUCAACGCCAUGACAGUAGCCGUCAUCAUAGUGAUCAUCGUGGCGUAUGAACAGUUUUUCAUUCUCGGUCUGGUCAUUAGGUACCGACUGCGUAUGCUCACCAAAGCUGUCGAGCUCUCGUUCCGCAGUGAACUGGAGACCUUCAGCGUGCUGGACAGAACGAAGGUCAGUGGCCGACGACACUUCUCAGUUUCAAGGCCGAAUUCUCUGAAGCAACAAACUACGUCGUCUCCGUCUUGUGAACACCUGUUAAUGAUAAAAAUAGCUCACAUGAAACUGAGGAAACUGGCGAGCUCUUUGAAUGACAAGUACGCUGUGCCCAUAACGGCAAUGACAGUGCAGGCAUUCGUAAUGAGUGUGCAGGUCAUUUUCAGCAUUCUGGUGAUCCUCCUGGAUGAGGAUAAACACAAUGACAAGGAAAUCUUCGCAGGUGUAUCAUACUUGGUAAUGAACAUAAUUAGCAUGUACAGUCUCACCUGCUGCUGUGAGUCUAUUGCUUCACAAGCGAGAGGAACGGUGGAGCUGACUGAACAUUUGAUUCUGGCGAACGAAACAGUGGGAGGCAGUGAGGCGGUUACCCACGAGCUGGCGAGGCUUUCCAGACAGGUGCGCCACAGUCCCAUCUCGUUCAGCGCCUGGUCGCUGUUCAGCAUUCACGCCACGCUGCUGACGGCCUUCACCUCCUACGUGGCCACCUACACCAUCAUCCUGCUGCAGUUUGCUGUGGCCAACACGGGCUGCCCCACGGCCGGUCCCGUCACGUCUGCCAUUAAUGAGACUACCUCGCCUAUGCCGUCAAAUGUUCUGUAAUACUCUAUGUCUUAUAGUCCUUUGUAACAUCUGCUGUACUGUGCCAAUUAAGAGAUUAAUCAAAAUAAAAGCU